AUGAAAGUUCCAGUUGGUAAAAAACAUAUUGAAAUUGCAACAGCAUUCGUUCCAUCUUUGAUUCGUUUCGGCGGAGCAGCCUCCUUGGGUGUUCUUUACUUCACUGACUGGAAAGUUGUCCUGCAAUAUGUUCCAUUCUAUGGAUCUAAAUUCGAAAAGUCAGAAUAAACACAUAAUGUUGGUCAUAAAUCUUUAAAUAAAUAUGUAUAGAGUCUGAA